ACAGCCAAAAGCAGCCCCGCGAAGUGGAUCGUUAUCCAAGAACCGUUCGUCAGCCGAGGGCAAAUUCUCAUCGGUAAAGAGUACAAGAUCGCAUCAUGGUGGCUAGCGAAGUAAAGCCGCGGAGACGUAGCGUAUUUCGAUUGAGCGAGGGUACCGAGGAGCUGUGAAUCGGGCAAGUGUCCAGCUCGUAAUCUAUUCGAUGCACCUCGUGAACGGUCUUGCGUGGAAGUAGUACUUGUAAGGCGGGCGGGUGGGUGAACUUUUAGUGCCAGGGCGCGUGUCCCGUUAAUAAACGGCGUAAAAUCCUGUGGGAUAAACUAACUGCGAAGAAUGUCGACUCUCGGGACAAGGAUCUGCUGUGAAGAUGAGGACUCGAAGCAGUCCGAGGACGAAGAUUGGCGAAUGCCUAUUGCCUUUAACAAGCCAAGGCAUACAGCCACCAUCGAGGGCGUCAACUGUAUCACUCAAACCUGGCGUAUGAAGGAGCGGAUGAAAACAGUGAGCGUCGCGCUGGUUCUAUGCCUCAAUGUUGGCGUCGAUCCUCCGGACAUUGUCAAGACGCAACCGUGCGCUCGUCUAGAGUGCUGGAUUGAUCCACUCUCAGUAAGCCCACAAAAAGCUCUUGAGACUAUAGGAUCAAAUUUACAAAAACAAUAUGAACGAUGGCAACCUAGAGCCAGGUAUAAGCAGAGUCUUGAUCCUACUGUUGAAGAGGUCAAAAAGUUAUGUACCUCUUUAAGGCGUAAUGCUAAAGAGGAGAGAGUACUGUUUCAUUAUAAUGGACAUGGAGUACCAAAACCUACCAGUAAUGGAGAGAUCUGGGUAUUUAAUAGGACGUACACGCAGUAUAUACCGUUGUCCGUUUACGAUUUACAAACAUGGAUGGGAGCACCAUCUAUUUAUGUCUAUGAUUGUUCCAAUGCUGGAAUAAUUGUCGAAUCCUUCCAGCAAUUCGCAGACCAACACGAAAAGGAAUAUGAAUCUCACUGUAAUGCACAAUUGCAGAUGGAAAAACAAGCUGUACAACAAAAUCGAGCAGCUGGUGUAGCUGGAGUUGGUGCACUUUCGUACAAAAAUUGUAUUCAACUAGCUGCCUGUGCUGCGAAUCAGAUUCUACCAAUGAAUCCUGAUUUACCAGCUGACAUAUUUACAUCUUGUUUAACAACCCCAAUUAAAAUUGCACUCCGCUGGUUUGUUAUGCAAAAUACGUCCAAACUAGUGCCUAAAGUAUCUCUCGAUCUUAUUGACAAAAUUCCUGGUCAGUUGACCGAUAGGAGAACAAUGUUAGGAGAGCUGAACUGGAUCUUCACAGCCAUAACCGAUACAAUAGCUUGGAACACUUUAUCUCGAGAUUUGUUCCAGAGAUUGUUCAGACAGGACUUACUAGUCGCUAGUUUAUUUAGAAAUUUCCUAUUAGCAGAGAGGAUUCUGAGAUCGUACGACUGUACUCCAGUGUCCUUUCCAAAGUUACCACCCACGUUCCAGCAUCCUAUGUGGCAAGCGUGGGAUCUCGCCCUGGAUCUCUGUCUGGCGCAGCUUCCAGCCAUCCUGGAGUCAGAAGACCAAUUCGUACAUUCUCCCUUCUUCGAAGAACAAUUAACAGCAUUUCAAGUGUGGCUUACCUUGGGUUCGAAAUCACGCAAUCCUCCAGAACAACUCCCAAUUGUCCUGCAAGUCCUCCUCAGCCAAGUACAUAGGCUCAGAGCAUUGGAACUCCUAGGUCGUUUUCUUGACCUGGGACCAUGGGCAGUGAACCUUGCUUUGAGCGUGGGAAUAUUUCCAUACGUUCUGAAGCUUCUGCAAAGUAAUGCCAGAGAACUGAGACCACUUUUAGUAUUUAUAUGGGCGAAAAUUCUGGCUGUUGAUAGUACGUGUCAGGCAGAUUUGGUUCGCGACAAUGGACACAAGUACUUCCUAUCGGUUCUACAAGACGCAACCAUGAAGAGCGAACAUAGGACACUGGCAGCCUUUGUCCUUGCGAGUAUCGUGAACAACUACCUUCCUGGACAAGAAGCUGCCUUGCAAGGUAGUCUUGUUUCCAUCUGCCUGGAACAACUAGGAGAUUCCAAUCCUCUGCUGCGUCAAUGGUUAUGCCUAUGCCUUGCUAGACUGUGGCACAAUUAUGACAGAGCCAGGUGGUGUGGAGUAAGAGACAUCGCUCAUGAGAAACUGUACAAUCUUCUACAGGAUCCUGUUCCAGAGGUCCGAGCUGCAGCUGUUUAUGCUUUAGGAACAUUUAUCAACAGUGCUACGAAACGUAGCGAGCAUGCGAAUAACAUUGAUCAGAUCAUCGCUAUGACGCUUAUCAAUACAGUCACUCACGACAUGAGUCCCUUAGUCAGAAAAGAACUUGUGGUAGCUCUACAGUGGAUGGUUCUACACUUUGAGAACUCGUUUGUCACCCUGGCCCUGGCUGAGGAAAAUAGUCGACGGGAACUCGUGGUCGAGACGUUAUCGCCAUUCAGUGGGAUGCGACGAAUUGGUUCCAGAGACAGAAUAAAAAUGCUAUCACCAAAUAACAACUACAGCGGAGAUACGACAGAUGGUUUUGGACAGGAUCGUAUCAAGAGAGUGUCCUCCUCGUCAUCUAUCAGUAGCUUGGGAAAUAAUUGGGAGUUCGUGAGGAAACCUUGCGAAUCGCUCGGUCACAGUUCCUUGGGUAAUCUACCGAGUCUUUCUUACGGCAGUGUCUAUAUGAAACUGUGGCACGGCCUCUGCAGCUUGGAUAACGACCCUCAUCCUGGAGUUGCAGCAAUGUCGCAAAAAGUCACUAUGAAUAUACGUAGUCAGGUGAAAGAUUCCUCAGCUCCGAAGGAAGUGACGGAAGCAAAGAUAUCCUCGUCGUUAUCACUCCCUCCGUCCCCCUCAAAUAGGACGAGUUAUCUCAGCGGUAGCAAGGGCGAGUCUCCACCAACGGUGAACUCGACAACAGAGCUGUUACGUUCCUCCAGGAUACCCGCACAUGCGAAUCGUACGAGAAAACCAAUGCCCAACACGAUAUCAGAGGAAGCCGAUGAUGUCCCUGGUGCAAGAAGCCCCUUGACGACCUCGCAGUUCGUCGAGUGGAGUUGCGCUCAAUUCGCCCAGCCCGUGAGUCUGGAGUCUGAGGUGGAGUCGACGAACGAUCUCGAGAGCCGAGUUCAUUAUGAACGUGAAUGGAGAUAUCUGCGUAACAAGAGACAGAGGCGGGACCCAAGGGAUGAGCAACUAAGGGCAGCUCGUGGAAGAAUAGAGUCACAAGUGUUUCACGCCCGAAGUCCUCAGGCACCAGAUGUCCUAACGUUUCAUCCCUUUGACACACACCUUGCAGUAGCUUCUAAGGAUUCCUUUGGAGUAUGGGAUUGGCAAACAGGUACCAGGCUAACGUAUUGCACGAGUCGUGGAAAUAAAAUGUCUCGGGUGACGGCCCUGGAGUUCAUAAACGCCCACGACGUGACUCUACUAAUGGCUGGUUCUGACGAUGGAUCAGUAAGGAUAUGGAAGAAUUAUUGUAACAUGCUUGGAAGAGAUCCAACGUUACUGACAGCAUGGCAAGCUCUGACGGAUGUACAGCUAAUUUCUAAGAGUCCAGUCGCUACCUCAGGUCUCGUCACCAGGUGGGAACAACGAUCGCUGACCCUGGCAGUAACAGGGGAUGUUCGUAUCGUCAGACUCUGGGACGCGGAGACGGAAUUAAAGAAGCAGGACAUUCCAACGGGUGCCGAUUGUUGUGCAACUUGCUUAGACACCGACGAUCAGGGCGCCAUGAUGGCCGCUGGAUGUGGGGACGGUUCCGUGAGAUUAUUCGAUAGACGCCUUCCACCUCUGGAGUCCAGGGUGAUGACAUGGCGAGAGCACAAUGCUUGGGUCCUCGGAGCUUUCCUCAAGAAAAAUGGAAGCUCAUCACCGCAUCUCAUAACCGGUUCUCUAUCCGGCGACAUAAAAAUAUUCGAUCUCAGAAAGAAUUCCUCAGUGAGCACUAUACAAACUACGCAGGGCAUUACCGCCCUAGCUGUCCACGGAGCGGCAGACAUAUUCGCCUGUGGGUCGAUGAAUCAAUGCAUUAGUAUCUACAACACGUCAGGACAUCAUCUGAAUGCAAUAAAGUUUCACGAAGGCUUCAUGGGGACCCGAAUAGGUCUCGUUAGUUGUCUAAACUUUCAUCCUCACCGAGUACUUCUCGCAGCAGGAUGUGCAGACUGCUCGAUAUCAGCAUACGCAUCCGAGCCACGCAGAUGACUGUCGGCGGUGGAUCUUGUAUAGAUUAUACACAUUUGCCAAAAGCGUAUGAGCUUAUACAUUGCGUACGUGCGUCUUCUUUGACCUCAAUCCCACUAUUCUUGUUAUUCUGGCUUUUGAAGCGAAGUCGGAUACGCAUUGCUGGAGCUAUGUAAAGAGAAUCUGCUGUUUCGAAUUGUCAUACUGGGGUGUUUCAUCGGACGCGCGACACUUAUAAAUAUUAUAUAUAUUUAUUUAUAUAUAAAUAUACACCUGUCACGCACGUACGCCUAUAGUAUUAAACAAUGGGUAACUGCAAUAGCUUACUGCACGAUGUCACAGAAGACUCUUAGGGGUAACAUCUAAACGUAUGUACGUGUUUCAGCGAAUGAAACGAAGAUAAAACGCUUAGCCUCUAGGUGCGUAUAGUGUAUAAACUGCGAUUAAUAUCAUCUCGUCUUGUAUAUAAACAUAAAAUAUGUAUACAAAAAUGUACGCGUCAUUAGAUUGCCAGUCAGAGAGAAAUUAACAAAAUAUUACGAGAAUCUGGACAAGUAUGAAUGAGGGCUCUCCCGCAGCGUACUUAAAAAGUUGACAUGUGGAAUAGCAACGGGUCCUUCUUACUCAGUCUUCUGCGCACACGUGGAUACAUAGGCAGAGAAGGGGCGAGGGGAAGUGGUACCGCCAAAAAUAGAGACACGCGAAUGAUGUAUGAUCUCUGUGGCUGAUGUGAACGACGAUGCUGACAAACGUAACUGCACCGCGUAGCGCAUGGAAGCGAAAGGGAAAUCGGAAACAGUAGAAAAUAAAUCACAGAUUCGCAGUGUAACGCCUUUGUACAUAGUUGCCUAAUAUAAAAUAAAAAUACGAUCAUGUUA